AUGGCCUCGGAUGAAGCGGGGACGCCAAGCCGUCUUCGCUCUUGGCUUUCUUUCCGCCGGCGCCGAUCACGACCAGGCAGCUCUGGGUCUAUCGAUACCUCAAGCUCUACAUUAACCGCCAACUCGGAGCACGAGAUCACACCUGCGACUUCGAAUUCUUCUGCCAACACCUCUCCUUCAACACCUCCCCAGACGAAAGACUCCAAGAUGCCUUUUCGUCAGAGGAUGGCCCGCCACUUUGGCGAUUCUCUUGCGCCCGAAAAGCCAUAUCUGAGCUAUUACGAUGUUCUCCUCACGGCCGAAGAUAUCAAAUCUCUAAAGCACGACUGGUUGACCGACAACAACAUCGCCUUCUGGGAGGAGUACCUCGAGCGCGAAACACUUCCUCGGUAUCCCCAAGCACGCAUUGUCCUCCUUCGCCCUAGUAUGACGUUCCUCCUCAUGAAGGAGCCUGACUUGCGCUCGGUCCGAUCCGCCCUCCCCGAUUUCUCUAAGGUCACGCACAUUUUCCUGCCCAUCAACGACAACCGUAAUGUGGGUGUCGCUGAGGGUGGUAGCCACUGGUCAUUACUUCUCGUCUCGACUCUUGAUGGUGUGGCCUUCCAUUACGACUCUCUCGGCGGUGCCAACUAUGCCGAGGCUAACCUUGCUACGCGCAAGCUUGCCACGGUGCUGCAGCGACCUCUGCGAUUCAUCAACCUCGAAGAUUGCCCUCAGCAGGAGAACGGAAGCGACUGCGGUGUCUUUGUUUGCCUAUUGAUGCGACAUCUCCUAGUCAAGCGCCUUCUCUGCGCUAAUGCCCGCGAGAAGGUGUCCAUGAGCAUGGGCGGAAAAAUGGUCGAUAGUUACGGCGGCCGCAAGGAGAUGCUUCGCAUCAUUGAGAACCUUCGCAAGGAGGGUGAACGCAGGCGAUCAACGGACUGCUACGGCUCUUACGAAGAAUUCGAGGAGCGCCUGCAGAAGCUGAUGCGGAGACGGACCGUGACCAAGCCUAAGUCCAAGGCUGCGACCAAGAAGUUGCCGAGCGGGCGUGCAGUCGGUAAAGGCCGCAGUGAUGCCGGUGAACCAGCCAAGAGCGAUCUGCCUCCGUGGGCCGGGAUGAGAUCUCGGCUGCGUCCUAGAACUCGGUCGACUAGCCAGAGUUCAUCAUCCCCUUCAUCGUCCGACCCCAGCUAUCGAGUCACCAAGCCUGAGACACGCUCUCGCAGCUCAAAGGGUCUCACACCUGUCAAGGUUCGGAGCAAGCGACAGCCGAAAGCCGACUCGGAGGCGGACUCGAACAACUGA